AUGCAGAUCACUCAUUUCAUCGCCGCUGCGGGAGUUCUCCCUGGAUUAGUUUCUGCUGGGUCAGUUCUCUCGCGGCGCGCUGUCGACUGCGCCUUCUCCACGGCCCCUAGUAAAAGUGACACUUGCACAACUUUUGCGAGCAGCUGGGGGCUCUCUGUCGACGAUCUCCAGAAGUUGAACCCCGGAAUCACCUGUCCUGCACUAGACACCAGCAAGUCGUACUGCGUGAUCGGUACUGUCACUAAUGACCCGGAGCCGACGACUACGACAUCCCAGAGCACUACCCCCAUCACGUCAAUCACUUCCAAGACCUCAACUACUACCACAUCCUCCUCUACCACUACCACCGCUGCGGCCCCUAGUAACUCCCCAACUAUGCCCGGCCUCGCAGCCAACUGUGAUGGCUUCUACAAGGUCUCUUCCGGUGACUCCUGUGACGCCAUCUCAUCCAAGUACGGCAUCAGCACUGCUCAGUUCAAGAGCUGGAACACCGAGAUCAACGCUGAUUGUACCAACCUCUGGCUCGACUACUACGUCUGUGUCCACGUGCCUGGCGCGGCCACCACCACUCAAGGCACCACUCAGCCGACGACUCCUCCUUCCACCGGCCCGACACCCCAGAUGCCUGGCAUCGUCUCCAACUGCAAGACAUUCUACCAAGUCAAGUCUGGCGACAGCUGCUGGUCUAUUUACAGCGGCGCGGGCAUCACGUUUGAGCAAUUCCUUUCGUACAACACACAAGUUGACUCGAGUUGCAGCAAUCUGUGGCUGGGUUAUUAUGUCUGCACUGGCGUGUAA